AUGUCUUCAACACCUAACCUUCCUUCAAUUUUCGAAUUGAAUGAAUUAUUAUAUGAAGAUUUUAAUUCCACAAUUAGCAUAUUAUUUGAAUCUGCGCCACCACUCGGGAAACAUCUUUACAAGGUGCGUCCAUUCUCUUCAUACAGCUCUUUGAUAGAUUUUGCCGAAUCUAUCACUUUAAGUGAAAAUCUAAAUAUCCAAGAGAAAUUAGAAGUAAUAAAUGCGCAUCCGCGUUUAGGUGAAAAUAAGAAGAAAUUAUCUGCUCUUUCCUAUAAAGAGCAAGGGUACGAAAAUACGACAACUACAAUCGAGAAUGCAAGUUCUGGAAAAAGCGACGAGAAUAAAAAUAAUGACGAUUUGAUUAACGAGCAACUUCAGCAAUUGAACAGAAAAUACGAAGAAAAAUACGGGUUUCGCUUCGUAAUAUUUGUUAAUAGACGGUCCCGUGAGGAAAUUAUCCCUGUUCUUGAGGAACGCUUGAAGGAUGGAAGCAAAGAACAAGAACUCGAAACAGGCUUCAAAGAAAUGUUUAAGAUUGCACGUGACAGACUGAGUAAUUUGGGAAAAGAAUAG